CAUAAAGUUUAGAAAAGAUGGAGUGGAGAGUGGAGACCAAAGGGUAUAAAAUGCAGCUACCAAUACCAUCAAGAAGAGUUUAAGGAAAGAAUUCCGGGCAAUAUAUCAAAAUUAUUUCGACGAGAUCGGAAACUUGGGUUUUCCAAAACUUCGAAGGUUUGUUUACGAGUAGUCUAAAUGUUCAUAUGAGCUAACAUAGAAUCUUUUGUAUGUGCUGAAGUCAAGCAGCAACUAUGGGUUCAUACAAAGACUCGUCCUCUAUUGUAGGGUCCCUCACAAAGAAAGAAACAGAAGUACAUUUGCCUCGGUCCACCGGAAUCAAGAACAAAACUCCUGCUACUGUUCAGAUCAGUGCUGAACAAAUUCUGCGUGAAAGCCGUGAAUGCCGAGAAUCUGAAUUCCACCCACCCAAACGAAAGAUUAUUGAUUCAACAGAGCUUGCAGACUAUCGUCUUCAGAAACGCCAGGAAUUUGAGGAUUUGACAUGUAAGGUACGGUCGAAUGUUGGUGGGUUUGUCAAGUAUGCCCAAUGGGAGGAGUCACAGAAGGACUUUGAACGUGCUCGCUCGGUUUGGGAGCGUGCUUUAAAGGUUGAUUAUAGGAAUCAUACCUUAUGGAUAAAAUAUGCAGACAUGGAAAUGAAGAAUAAGUUCAUUAACUGUGCCCGGAAUGUGUGGGAUCGAGCUGUUUCUUUGCUUCCCAGAGUAGAUCAACUGUGGUACAAGUAUAUCCAUAUGGAGGAGAUGCUUGGCAAUGUGGCUGGUGCUAGACAGGUUUUUGAGAGAUGGAUGCAGUGGCAGCCUGAUCAGCGAGGAUGGUGCUCGUACAUAGAGUUUGAAUUGCGUUACAAUGAGAUUGAACGGGCCAGGGCAAUACAUGAGAAAUUUUUGCAGUGUCAUUUAAAGGUUGACACGUGGAUUCGUUAUGCAAAGUUUGAAAUGAAAAAUGGGGACAUUGCUCGAGCUAGGAAUUGUUAUGAGAGAGCUGUUGACAAGUUGGCAGAUGAUGAACAAGCAGAGCAGCUGUUUGUGGCUUAUGCACAGUUUGAGGAAAAGUGCAAAGAGACAGAGCGCGCUAGAUGUAUAUAUAAAUUUGCACUUGACCAUAUACCUAAAGGACGAGCAGAGGAAGUUUAUAAGAACUUUGUUGAGUUUGAGAAGCAGUAUGGGGACAAGGAGGGUAUUGAUGAUGCAAUUGCGAGAAAAAGGAGGUUUCUGUAUGAGGAUGAAGUUAAGAAGAAUCCCUUUAACUAUGACACUUGGUUUGAUUACAUUCAAUUAGAGGAAAUUGUAGGCCAGAAAGAUAGAGUAACAGAAGUGUUUGAGAGAGCAAUAGCCAAUGUUCCUCCAGCUGCGGAGAAACGUUACUGGCGGCGUUACAUAUAUCUGUGGAUCAACUAUGCUUUAUAUGAAGAACUCGAUGAACAAGAUAUGGAGCGAACAAGAGAUGUAUACAGGAAAUGUCUCAAGUUGAUUCCUCAUGACAAAUUCUCUUUUGCAAAGAUCUGGCUUUUGGCAGCUCAGUUUGAGAUACGUCAGUUGAAUCUUAGUGGUGCACGCCAGAUAUUGGGCAAUGCCAUAGGGAGGGCUCCAAAAAAUAAGAUUUUCAAAAAAUACAUCGAGAUGGAGUUGCAACUAGGAAACAUAGAUAGGUGCAGGAAGCUAUACAAGAAAUAUCUGGAGUGGUCGCCAGAGAAUGGCUUUGCAUGGAUCAAGUAUGCUGAGUUGGAGCGUUCUUUGUGCGAAACAGAUAGAGCUAGGGCUAUCUAUGAACUUGCCACAGCUCAACCUGCAUUGGAUAUGUCAGAAUUGUUGUGGAAGGCAUAUAUUGAUUUUGAGAUAGCAGAGGGAGAAAUUGAAAAUACAAGAGCAUUAUAUGAGAGACUGCUUGACAGAACAAAGCAUCUGAAGGUGUGGAUCAGCUAUGCGAAAUUUGAAGCUUCUGCUGUUAUGGACAAUUAUGGCUCAGACAUGCCUGAGGGUGAGGUCCUUGAACAGUUACAUGAAAAGAAGAGAUUGUGUGUUCAACAUGCUAGAAGGAUCUUUGAAAAAGCCCUUAGUCAUUUUACGGUUUCUGCCCUGGACCUGAAAGAAGCGAGAGCUGCGCUCUUGGAUGAGUGGCUUAAUAUGGAGAAAGAUUUUGGUGAGUUUGGUGAUGUUAGUUUAGUUCAAGCCAAGAUGCCAAAGAAACUCAAGAGGCGGCAGCCUUUGAUGACAGAGGAUGGUCCGUGCGGAUUUGAAGAGUACUAUGAUUAUACGUUCCCGGAAGAGACACAAAUGACCAACCUGAAAAUUUUGGAGGCUGCAUACAAAUGGAAGAAGCAAAAAGCUGCAGCUGAUGACAGUCUAGGCUCUUCUCCUUCUCCUUUACCGAUAAUUUAAUUAGAUUUUGCAGUCACAUGUAGAAAGAUAACUGAGAACUUGGGGGGAAAAGAAUUUUCACUGAUUUCACCCAAUGUCGAGCUAUUUUUUCAUGUAAAAUUGUAAUUUGUAAGACAAGGUUGUAUGAAAUUUUCAUUUAGGCUCCGUUUGGUAGGGCGUAAAACAUUUUCAGUGUAAAAUGAUUUUCAUGGAAAACAAUUUACAAUGGAAAACACAGUUCCAAAAUUAGUUUUCCGUUGUUUGAUUUGAUGUAAGAAAAAUGAUGAAAUGAAAGGAAAAUGAAAGGGAAAGUAAGGAGGUAGUGAGAGGAGUGUAUAAGAGAGAUAAGAAAAGUAGUUUUCCCUUCAUUUUGAAAGGAAAAUGGUUUUCCAUCAUUGGGAGAGUAAUUUUACCUCAAAGGAAAAUGGUUUUACACUCUUUUGCCAACCAAACAAUGUAAAACUACAAAUAGAGGAAAACAGUUUUCCGGGAAAACGUUUUACACCCUACCAAACGGAGCCUUAGAGAGUGGCAGUGGCGUAUCCAGGAAUUAUAACAUGUGGGUUCAAUUACUUGAAUGUUAGACAAUUAAAUUAUUUCAUAUGACGCAAAAAAAAAAAAAAAAAAUCAAAGUUUCAGAGAUGCAAAUCUCAUUAGUGAAUAACUAUUUGAGGAAAUUAUAAAUAGUUUCUCAAAUAAACAUCAUUAACAACUUAACUUUAUUUAAGUCUUUUUUUAAAAAUAAAAUGAAGAAUACAGUUGACAUCAGGUAGAAAUAAUAGGUUCACCAGGUAGAAAAAUAGGAGGGGAGAAGAGGAUCAAGUUCAAAACUACAGUAGAUGAAAAAAAGAAGAGAAGAAACGAAAUUUAUCAAAAGAGAAUGACAAAAAUCAAUUUAAAACAUUAAAAAACUGAUAAGAAAAGAAAGGAACCGAAAAUUACAGAGUGCAGAAUUGAACCCGUGUCUUGCAAUGAGAACCACAUCUCUAAGUUCACAGAUUACCACUGCGCCACAAUCAUGCCUUCCUGAAGUUGUUGCAAAAUAUUCUACUUAUUCAAAUCCAUUAUGGGUUCAACUGAACCCAGUGAACCCAUAGUGGCUACGCCCCUGGAGAGUGGAGUGCCAAAAAUGGAUUACAGGUCUUCAUGAUUAUAGUAUUACGAUGAAAAGUCCUGCAAUUUAUGGACCAGCUAUAAGUCAAUUGUUUUCUUAUUUGAUGUAUGGUACUCUAGUCAUUAGUUUAUUAAUGUCUACCUUUGAUUAGUCAUUUCGAGUAACUUAUAAACGAAUUGUUGAAGUCUUAAUGUUUUUUCUUUUCAUAA